CUUUUUCUCUUAUUGUAUAUACAGGAAAAGAUGCCUUACAGUUAUAGUGCGACAAGUGUAGGAAGUAUCACCAACUGAAAAAAAAAGUAGUGGUUACGAUAUUAAAUAUUUCAUUCUUCUUGAAUAGAUAGAUCAACACAAGCAAAAUGACUAGAACCUCCGUCUUAGCUGAUGCUUUAAACGCCAUCAACAAUGCCGAAAAAACCGGUAAGCGUCAAGUCUUAAUCAGACCAUCAUCCAAAGUUAUCAUCAAAUUCUUAAGUGUUAUGCAAAAGCACGGUUACAUUGGUGAAUUCGAAUACAUUGAUGACCACAGAUCCGGUAAGAUUGUUGUUCAAUUAAACGGUAGAUUAAACAAGUGUGGUGUUAUCUCCCCAAGAUUCAACGUCAAGAUUAACGACAUUGAAAGAUGGACUGAUAACUUAUUACCAGCUAGACAAUUCGGUUACGUUAUCUUAACCACUUCUGCUGGUAUUAUGGAUCACGAAGAAGCCAGAAGAAAGCACGUUUCUGGUAAGAUCUUAGGUUUCGUUUACUAGAGGUUCAUUUAUGUAUAUAUAAUCAAUAGAACUAUUUGCAUCUUAAAUAAUAAACAAAACCACUUCAUUUGUACUAUACUAGAUUAACUAUUGUAGAUAAUUAAAACUACUGUGGUAAGUAAAAGCAAAGAUAUUAAUUUUCUUUUGCAAUUAGGGCUCAACCCUGAAGACAACAUAAUACACGUGAUAGCAUAUUUGAAUACAUACAGGAAUGCGACUAUAUAUGGCUGCUCAACAUCCACACCGCACUACAUAACCAUCCAUGAUAGUAAAAUGUCCCCUUAACUAUGAGAACAAACCAAUUUGGGAAUAGUGAGGGUGAGGAUUUUUUUUCAGCUUGUAUAA